AUGGAAUGGACACAAGGGAACUCGCUGUCGAGGCUAGAAGCGUGGAAGUUCGGUGUAGGUGCGGGACGAGGUCUCUUCGCGACCAAGCCAUGCCCGCCCUCUACUACCUUGUUCACAAUACCGAAGAACGCGUUGAUCAAUCUCAAUACGCUCAAAUCGCGGUACCCACAAACCCCAGAGACGCGACUCAAUGCCGUCCAAAUCAUUUCUCUGCACCUUCUGCUGCAUAGGCCCGUCCAAGAAGAAGACUCCCUCGAUCCAGCGUUUGGACCCUAUAUCUCUACGCUUCAUCGGAACUUCACCAGCCACCCACUCACCUGGCUCGUGGAGCGACGUCGCAAAGGUAGGCAGAUCACCGAGGAGUUGAUCCUCAAGAACCUUCCUCCUAGCGUGACCGAUGCCCUGCAUACGUUGUACGCUCGCUUCCUCGAGGACUAUCAAGUCAUUUGCCUCUACCUCAAUAAACAUCGUUCAGUGCUGGAAACUUCGAGCCGCCCGAAGUCACAAUUGCCCAUGCCGUACGGAACAUCUACGUCCACAACGCUUGUAGGCGAUUAUUGCUGGGCUUGGCUCAAUGUGAACACUCGGUCUAUCUACUACCCAAUCAAAGAUGCAGACCCUGAAAGGGACUGCUUGACGUUGUGCCCCAUCCUUGACUUUGCCAACCACAACGAGACGACGUCGCAAAUUACGCCGAUUAUCCAGUCAGCACCACGGACCCCAGGUUCGCGGACAUCCUCUGGAAACUUCACAUUCAAUUCUUGCUCAGACAAUGCCAUUGAAGAGGGCCAACAACUGUUCCUGCGAUACGGCGGACAUUCGAACAAAACGCUGUUCGUGGACUAUGGCUUUGUAAAUCGCUUCUCGCCGGGGUCAAUAGCAAGUGGCCACUUCCGCGGAGAGGUGGAUGUACAAGACCUUGUCGAAGAACUGAUCCUGGCAGUCAAACCCGCGCGGAGUAGCUUUGGGGGUUCUUGCAAGGGUAGCAACGUGAGCGACCGGCUGACGAGCACAUUGCAAGAGGAGGGAUACUGGGGCGAAUGGACGUUAGAUUCGUCGCCUCCACCGGCACACCCGUCCUACAGGCUCAUCACAGCCCUGCGACUGAUCCAACUCGUAUCUACUUCCGACGCGGGGGCAGACUUCCCGUCCGAUGCUGUCAUACAGCCUUGGAGAGACGUGCUGAACGGCCGAAGAGAGGUUAUAUCCGAGGAGAACGAGGAAGGCUGGAGGGACGCAUUGCUGAGGAUCUGUGAAAGCAUCAGUCUUCGCGCACGGACGGGAUUAGAGGCAUCCACGCAAGACUUGGCAGGGACAGACGGUUGGGUGGCUUGGAUGCGGGAAAACGUUUUGUGUCUCUGGCGUGAAGAGCUAGAAGUGGCGGAUGCCGUCGCGCACAGCUUGCGCGCAGGAGAAGUAUUCUGA